ACAGGCCAUCAGCUUCCAAACGGUGAAAGAAGCCCAAAGAGGGCAACGACGAGGGUUUUAGAGCCCAUCCACACCAGCCAUGGCGACGGCGGCUGGCGGCGCGCGGCGAGCCCUCGCGGGGCUGCGCUCCGCUUCCCCAUCUACUCUGUCCAGAACGUUUUCCAGGCCGGCAGUUGCCCAGUCCCCGGAGCUGGCGGCCUCCGCUCUGCCCCGCGCCCCGCGCCGGCGCCUCGCGAUCUCGAGGGUGCCGGUGGCGGCGCUGGGCGGCGCGCAGGGGCUGAUGCCGCUGCACAGCGCGACGGCAUCGGCGCUGCUCACCUCCAUGCUCGGGCUUAAGCCCGGGUCUUGGGGUUGGCUCUCCGAAGGUUUUGCAACGCCUCUAUAACAAGAAUGGUGCUCCAGUCACCAUACGAGAGUCUUCAGUUUAGCCUUCCCCUGGCAGAUUCCAAUAACACUAGCUACAUGCCUUGUGGACUAUACCAUUGGAUUUUUGCUGAUGGAAUCUGUAGUUUCACUGCUUAAAACUUAUGAUGACAUCGUGUGCCAGUCAUCGUAUUGCCCUGUGACGAUAUUCAUGGCAAAUUUGAAGUAACCUUCUUUCAUGAUACCAGUUUUUGUUUAUCUGAUGCAUUUUAUGA